GAGAUGAUUGGUGGACCAAUAGGCUUGUAGUAUUUUUUAAACGCGUAAAAAAAGAAGUUAAAAUAUCACGUGGUUAAUACAACGACGCAACGCACAAACGUGAUCGAUAACAUUGGCGAUUACAUUGGACGAUCGACGGUGGACAUGUAUUAUUUUGUCUCCGGUCUGGUGUUGACUUUCUUAUGUUUAGCAGAUUGUUCCAAGUUAGGAAAUAAGAGUGGUGCCAGUUCAGAUCCCGAUUGUUACAGAAAUGUGAGCCAACUCAUCAGCAGCAAGGGUUAUCCCGUGGAAGAAUAUUUGGUUCAGACCGAAGACGGAUACAUUCUGGGCGUUCAGAGGAUACCCUACGGCUUGUCGAAAUUGGGGAGGAUGGCCAAGGAUCGGCCUGUGGUGUUCCUGCAACACGGUCUCUUGGCUUCUUCCGCGGAUUGGGUGAUGAAUUUUCCUGAUCAGAGCCUGGGUUUCAUCCUCGCCGAUGCCGGUUACGACGUUUGGCUGGGAAACCAGAGAGGAAAUACUUAUUCGAGAAGACACGUGAAGUACUCUCCGCGGGAUAGACAGUUCUGGGAAUUUAGUAUUGACGAGUAUGCUGCAUACGACAUUCCCGCCAUGGUAGAAUUUGCUCUAAACGUCACCGGAAAACCUCAGUUAUAUUACGUAGGACAUUCCGAAGGCACCACCGUCGCCUUUGCUCUUCUUUCGGACAGACCCAAAUAUGACAAGAUUAAAGCGGUGAUGGCCUUGGGACCGGUGGCAACGGUGGGUUACAUAACCAGUCCGAUCCGCUAUCUCGCACCUUUCUGUCACGAAAUAAAUUUUCUCUUUCGUAUUUUAGGAUUUUACGAAUUUUUACCAAACAACUUCCUUAUGAAAAUACUGUCUCAUAUUUUCUGUAGACACAACGAAUUAAAAUUUUUAUGUGAAAAUGCCUUUUUUCUGAUGAGUGGAUUUGAUCCGUCUCAACUAAAUCAGACUAGGUUGGAUGUCUACGUGUCGCACGAUCCGGCAGGCACGUCUACGCAGAAUAUAGUUCAUUUUGCACAGAUGGUGAAUUCAAGAAAGUUUCAAAAGUAUGAUUUUGGAAAGACAAAAAAUCUAAUAAAGUACAAUCAGAGUACUCCUCCUGAAUAUACUGUAGAGAACAUUCGCACGCCAAUUGCACUCUUAUGGGGAUUAAAUGAUGCCCUGGCAGAUCCUGUUGAUGUGAAUCUUUUAAAAACAAAGAUAAAAAAUCUAAUCGAAAGCUAUAGAGUAAGUCUACCUAAUUGGGCUCACAUAGAUUUCAUAUUUGGAAUAGAUGCACCUAAAUAUGUUUAUAAAGAACUGCUAAAGUUAUUAAAAAUGGUUUAAAGUUAGAAUCAUAUACAUAAUUUUUAUUUCUUUAUUACAAAAAUGAAUGUAUUGCAUUAUGGUUUUGUGCAAUCAAUAAAAAUAUGAUAUUACAAUUAA